AGGCCUUUGCCAAACAACUGUCACAGACUCAACGGCACAUUGAUACAUUAAUCCUUCGCAUAGAUUUGGCGUUACUGACUCUCUGUAAACUCUACACCGCAAAUGGACGAAGAGGAAGCUGAACUUCGUAGUCCCUUUCCCUCACCUCCAUCUCACUACAACAACUAUACAUCACAUAACCUAAAGUUACUUACUCUGCUCAAGGAACGAGUCGGGGAUCAAAAUGCUGAUCUCGGGAUAGUGAACCAGCACGAAUUACUCUCAGAUCAAACCGAUGUACCCACAUGGUCGCUGGCCCAGCUCGAGAAACCACGAGUAGACUGGGUCCUUGAGGAAGGCCACUAUAGCGUCUUCGGCGAUACGUGGUUUGUGAAAGAGACCAUCCCGUCUCUAGCUGAACUGGGUGGACAUCAGCUCUACCCUCCUGACCCGAGUGUAGAUCGGCGGCCUGCGCUUCUUGCUGUCCUGAGGUCCAUGCUGGUCACGUACUCCAAUUUGACAAACGCAAUUGUUGCACCACCACCACCACCUUCAUCCUCGGCACAACCAGAAUGGCAACGCCAGCUCGAGUGGAUAACGAUACUUGCCCAGAAUCUGAUGGCAGCUGCAAAUGAUCUACGGCCCGUCCAGGCUAGAGGAAAUCUUGAACUCAUGAUGCAACGACAGCUGGAGCUGAGGCGUGAGGAAACAAAGAACAUUCACUCGCAAUGCGAUACUCUCGAAGCUCGACUGUUGGAGCUACGUUCUUCAGCUCAGGAAAUGGCGGGUUCAGAUCAGAGGCUGAUUGCGAAACCUAGCAGUUCUCAGACAUCUACGGCUAACGUGUCCCUUGAAGACAUGUUGCGUUGGGCAGAAGAGGUCCCAUAAGAUUCUCAGGUUCUCUUCUGGAGUGGUCGUGACACCUGCUCAUGUUGGAUGUAGUGUUCAAUAAUCUGCUGGUAGCGAAUGUGUUGGGUGGUGGUCAUAUCGUCCAUUACUUUGUCCCUUGUUCACCAUUA